GAGUUUUGAGACAAUGCUUGUAAUACUUAUAUAAAGAGCCUAAAUUAACUUAAAAGUGAAAAGUUGAUAAUAAACAGGCUCCGAUGCUGGAAUUUACACUCCUAGUCUGCGUACUGACUGGAUGCUGGCAACCCAAAUUAUGGACAUCAUUAUUUCAACAUAUAAUUUAUAAAUCAUAUGCAUUUUUCAUUGUCUCUUCAUUAUAUACACUUUCGAUAUCUCAAUUUAUGAACAUCGUGCUCAACGUUAAAAACUCUGAUGAAUUCAUCGAUUCUUUAUAUAUGAUGUUGACUGUAUUAGUCGCAGGCUAUAAACAAGUUUAUAUGUGGGUAGAUCGUAAAAAUAUUAUGGUAAUCAUCAACGUUUUUAAAGAAAAACCUUUUGCGGCGGUAGAUGAACACGAAUUUGAGAUCCAAAAAAAAUUUGAGAAAAUGGUACAGAAUAACACUUUACGAUACUUGAGUGUCGUUAUGGCGGCAAUAAUAUCAAUAAUUUUGAUGUCGGUUUUUACGGCAUUUCCAAGUGGAAGUUUGACAUACAAGGCAUGGGUGCCGUUCAAUUAUUCGCAUCCCGUUUUAUAUAUUUGUGUUUACUGUUAUCAAUUGGUAGGUAUGGCGUCCUCCGGUAUAGUAAACGUCGCUUGCGAGAGCGUAAUAUGCGGUCUUUUAUUACACAUCUGCUGCCAGCUUGAAAUUUUGGAACAUCGAUUGUCAAAAAUGACAGAAGAUGAAAGAACGCUGGGUGACUGUGUUUAUCAUCACAACCUUAUCUUUGAAUACGCAUAUAUAGUGAAUAAUAUGUUCGCAAAAAUAAUUGGUCUCCAGUUUGCGGUGAGCAUGUUGGUAUUAUGCUCGAAUUUAUAUCGAAUAGCAAUGACCAUGGAUUUUGUGGUCAUUAUUUCAUUGAUGACAUAUACAGGUGCCAUAUUAACACAAAUUUUCAUCUAUUGUUGGUUUGGAAACGAAGUCAAAGUAAAAAGUCUUCAGUUUGCAAAUAAGAUUUAUAAUAUAAAGUGGCCAGCGCUUAGCAAUAGCUGCAAGAAAGGUCUUAUAAUAAUCAUGAAGCGUGCAACAAUUCCUAUUGAAUUUAGUAGCGCAUAUAUAGUUACAAUGAAUCUCGAGUCAUUUGUAGCUUUACUUAAGAUGUCAUACUCGGUUUUCAACUUGUUGCGUCAAGCGCAAGAUUAAUAACGUGAUAGAUAAACAGAAUAUAUCAUUUUUACUUAACUAGUUAUGAAAUCACGUACUACUCAUAUUUAAUACAGGAUCCAUAUUUUAUUAGUAUUGACUAGAUAAUUGUCACGAUACUGAUAUAAUUCUUAUGGAAAUUUUCAUGGACCAAAUUUUGGUGUUCGAAAAACUAAUCAACAUUAUAAGGAGAGAAAUAAAAAUUGUAUAAAUUAAAGUACCAUGGUAGUACUUCAAGAAUUUUAUAUUAGUACUCAAAAUAAAAUUGGUAGUAAUCUGCAUAACAUUGUUAGCAGUAUGCAUUUUUGUGAUAUCUCCUUUCUUCUAUAUUUUUCCAUAUUUCUAAUAUAGUAUUAAAUUACAAAGAUUUAC